AUGCCGGAUGUGGAUGUGGGUGCUAAGGUGGAUGUACCGAAACCACAUAUUUCAAUCAAGACACCGAAAUUCGGGUUCGGUCUGGGCAAGAAGAAGACGAAAGUGAAGACUCCAAAGGCUGAUGUGAAAGUGGAGGGUGGAGCAGGUGAGGAUAUAGAUUUGGAUGCCGGUUUGGACGCUCACUUAGAUGGUAAAGCAAGAAAGGGAGGUAAGAAGUUCCAUUGGUCUCCUAAGUUCGGGUUGCCGAAGGGUGGUCUGAAGAUUGGUGGAGGUGCUGGUGUUGGAGUGCCGGACACCUCGGUGUCUGUCUCAGGUACGACUGGUGGUGUGGAUGUGUCUCUUCCGAAACCCGAACUCGAUGUCUCCAUGGAGGUUCCCGACGUUGGUGUGUCCGCCUCUGUGCCCGAAAUCGAUGUAUCAGGUGGUGAGUUGGGACUGACUGGGAAGGUUUCUGCACCCGGUGUGGAUGUCAGUGUUCCGUCGAAGAAGAAGAAGAAGUUCACCUUCGGUUGGGGCUCGAAAGACAAGAAGGCGAAGAAGGUGAAGUUGCCCACAGUGUCGGGAGACGUGGAUGCUAGUUUGGAUGUGGGUGGAAAGGUUGAUGUUCCCAGUGUGAAGGUUGAUGUGGACUCAGGUGAUCGAGUCAAAGGUAAGAAGUUCCACUGGUCUCCGAAUAUCUCAUUGCCAAAGUUGAAAGUGCAUGGACCAGAUUUGUCUGGAAAACUUCAUGCAGAUGCACCUGAUGUGGAUGUGAAUGUGACUGGUCCAUCUGUGGAGAUGCCAUCUCUGAAAGCCAGUGGUCAUUUGCCUACUGUCGAUGUGUCCGUUCCCGAUGCAUCGUUGGGAGGUGAUCUAUCCGGUAAGCUCGAUUUGGAGGGUGUCGGUGUGGGAGUUGUGGACGCUGAUUUGAAUCUGCCAGACCUACAGAUCUCAGGAAAUGUGAGUGCACCGUCUGUCGAGGAGACCUAUCCAUGCCAGAUGUUUCCGCCAAUCUGGACACAGAUGUGA